AUGCUGAACAAAACUCUAGCAAUGCAAUUAGGGAAUGCAACGCCACUUCCUGCGCCUUUAGAUGAUCAACCCACUACAAUAGUAUUCGAUACAAACAGACACAUUGCUGAUCAUAAUACAGCUCUGACACCGUUCAAUGGUAUUGUCAAUUACGUUUUGCUGCAUGCCAAUUUCGUUGAACAACUAGGUAAACCUCACAAAUGGUUUAAUGUUGUGAUGAUUUUUCCGCAUAUGAAUGAACAAGAGGUUUACCAGUUUGUCCAAGGACAUGUGCUGACUCAUCGUAGUGCAGAAUUAUUGCAUAUAUUCUCCACUAAUAAUGAUGCAAAUCAAUUACGAGCUCUCUGCCGUGCGAAACUUGCUUCCCAUGAUUCAGUUAGAAAUAUGUCUACGAUGCGAAUACGUGAAAUUUGUGCGCAAACAAAUGACCUUAACAUUGAAUAUUGCGAACGAUAUCGCCUCCAACACGAGAACGCUGGUGACAUCGGCAUAGCAAAUCUCUUUGCUAGUCAGAGGGAUCGGCGCAUUGGCUUGCAACUCCAAUACAAUGCAAUACUACGAAGAGAAAUCGGACAAUGGAUUUUCCCGUAA